ACUAAGCAAGUAUUCCGCUUCUUCUUCCCCUCUCCGUCUUUCCCACUUCCCUCCAUUACUCUCUUUCUCUGUUUCGAAUUCAGGGGAAACGCCGGCUCGAAGUAAAACAAACUUGCUCUCUCGUUUGUCGUUUCGGGUGUUAUGUGUGUUGAUUUAAGGGAUGGAGAAACCACCAGCCAUGGAUAUAUUGCCGCCCCCACCUCCAGCUAUACCAUCUGGUGUGAAACCAGAGAGACUUGAGACUCCAAAGUGUUUGCCAAUAAGAAGGUCUGGUUUUGGAAAAGAGGGAAGGCGUAUUUCAUUGCUUACAAAUCACUUCAAAGUUACUUUUGGUGCUAUGGAUGGGAUUUUCUUUCAAUAUAGUGUUUCCAUUAUCUCUGAUGAUAAGCGAGCUGUUGAAGGCAAGGGGAUUGGGAGAAAAGUAAUUGAUAAACUUUACCAAACAUAUGCUUCUGAGUUUGAAGGGAAGACAUUUGCUUAUGAUGGAGAAAAAAGCUUAUACACUGUGGGCUCUCUUCCCCAAAACAACUUUGAAUUCACAGUGGUGCUUGAAGAAUCAUCUUUCAAACGCAAUGGGAGCCCCACUGAGGGUGACCGUAAGCGGUCAAGGCAGUCUUAUCAAUCAAAAUUAUUUAAAGUAGAGAUCAGUUUUUCUGCAAAAAUUCCCAUGAAAUCCAUUGCUUCAGCUCUGAAAGGAAAUGAGGUUGACAACACUCAAGAUGCAUUGAGAGUGCUUGAUAUUAUCUUGAGGCAGCAAGCAGCUAGCAGAGGAUGCCUACUUGUCAGACAGUCAUUUUUCCAUGAUGAUGUGAGGAAUUUCACUGACUUAGGAGGUGGGAUUACUGGCUGCAAAGGUUUUCAUUCAAGUUUCCGUACCACACAGAGUGGAUUGUCAUUGAAUAUGGAUGUGUCAACAACAAUGAUAUUAACUCCUGGGCCUGUUAUAGACUUUUUACUUGCCAACCAGAAUGUUAGAGACCCAAGACAUAUUAAGUGGGACCAAGCCAAAAAAAUGCUAAAAAAUUUGAGGGUAAAGGCAAUGCACAACAACAUGGAAUUCAAGAUCAUAGGAGUGAGCGAGAAAACGUGCAAUGAGCAAUAUUUUUCACUUAAAGUGAAAAAUGGAGAAGGUGCUGAUGGUGAAGGAAAAACUAUAGAGGUCACUGUGUAUGAUUAUUUUGUCCAUCAUCGUAAAAUAGAAUUAACGUAUUCUGCAUACUUGCCCUGCCUUAAUGUUGGUAGACCAAAGCGACCCAAUUAUCUUCCACUUGAGCUCUGUUCGCUCGUGUCAUUGCAACGUUAUACCAAAGCACUAUCUACCAUGCAGAGAUCUUCCUUAGUUGAAAAGUCAAGACAAAAGCCUCAGGAGCGCAUAGAUAUUGUGACUGGUGCUAUGAGUAACUUUAAAUUUGAUGAAGAUCCAAUUCUUUCUGCUUGUGGUAUUUCUAUUGAGAAACACCUGACUCAAGUUGAAGGUCGCAUACUUAAUGCACCAACACUAAAAGUUGGUAACAAUGAAAAUUGCAACCCUCAUAAUGGGAGAUGGAACUUUAAUAACAAGAAACUAUUUUCCCCAAUUAGAAUUGAACGCUGGGCAAUUGUCAACUUUUCUGCUCGGUGUGAUAUAAGCUAUCUCUCUCGUGAGCUUAUUAACUGUGGAAGAAAUAAAGGAAUUCAUAUUGAACGACCUUUUACAUUAAUUGAAGAAGAUCAUCAGUGGAGGAGGGCUGGGCCCAUCACAAGAGUUGAAAAGAUGUUUGAACUGUUAAGGUCUAAGCUUCCUGGGCCCCCUGAAUUUCUGCUUUGUGUCUUGCCAGAGCGGAAAAUUUCAGAUAUCUAUGGGCCUUGGAAGAAGAAAAACCUUCAUGAACUGGGAAUUGUCACACAAUGUAUCUCCCCCACAAAGAUCAAUGACCAGUAUCUCACAAAUGUACUUCUAAAAAUCAAUGCCAAGCUUGGAGGUACAAAUUCUCUGUUAGCAGUUGAGCAUUCACCAUGUAUUCCAUUUAUAAAGGAAACUCCUACGAUGAUCCUGGGAAUGGAUGUUUCCCAUGGGUCUCCAGGCCAAUCAGAUGUACCUUCCGUAGCUGCGGUUGUUGGCUCGAGAUCGUGGCCCUUAAUUUCAAGGUACAGGGCAUCUGUGAGAACACAAUCACCUAAAGUGGAGAUGAUUGAUUCUUUGUACAAACCUGUAGAGAGUGGAGAGGAUGAUGGCAUCAUGAGAGAGCUAUUGAUUGACUUCUACCAGACAAGUAAUUCACGGAAGCCUGGACAGAUCAUCAUAUUUAGGGAUGGAGUGAGUGAAUCACAGUUUAACCAAGUUUUGAACAUAGAACUGGAGCAAAUCAUUAAGGCAUUGGAGCACCUGGGUGAAACCACAUUUCCAAAGUUCACAGUUAUUGUGGCACAAAAGAAUCACCACACUAAGCUGUUCCUAGAUGGUGCCCCUGAUAAUGUUCCACCAGGAACAGUGGUUGAUACAAAAGUUGUGCAUCCAAGAAAUUAUGACUUCUACAUGUGUGCUCAUGCAGGAAGGAUAGGAACAUCCAGGCCUGCUCACUAUCAUGUCUUACUUGAUGAAAUUGGUUUCUCUGCUGAUGACCUGCAAAAGCUUGUUCACUCACUCUCCUAUGUGUACCAGAGGAGUACGACGGCAGUCUCUAUUGUUGCACCAAUCUGCUAUGCACACCUUGCUGCACAACAAAUGGGGCAGUUCAUGAAAUUUGAUGAUUCUUCAGAUUCUUCCUCCAGCCAUGGAGGUAUCACCUCAGCAGUGAGUUUCUUGGUUCCAGAGCUUCCAAAGUUGCACGAGAAGGUCAGGAGUUCUAUGUUCUUCUGUUAACACUAUGAAAGCAUAGACUCAGCUUUUUGUGGAUACCUGGAAUUUGAUAAGUUGAGGAUGUGUACAUACUUGGGCUGUAUAGAAUACAGGCCACCCAAGUGUCAAUUUUGGGUGCCAUUACCUGUUGGAAUACGGGUGUGACUAUAUGGAAAGAUGUGCAUAACUUAAGAAAUAUUCCCUGUUCAUGGGGUUUUACUCUUGGAACCUGAAAUUUUUUCUUCCAUUUUGAUCUAAGUUUUGUAAAGGAGGGAACAAAUGAUAGUUGGAAGGUUUGGGAUGUAUUUUAGAACUCACUUUAAAUAUAUAUCAUUUAUCAGCUACCAUAUCUA